GCAAUCAAUAUACCUUCUAGAAAUGGCUGCAGUAGAAGCUAAUGCUACCCUCCAAGCAAGCACCAAAGCCACCGCCGAGCCAGUGCGUCCUUUGGCCAACUUCCCUCCUUCUGUAUGGGGUGAUCAGUUUCUAUCGUUCUCUCUUGACAAUUCGGAAUUGGAACGAUAUGCCAAAGACAUGGAGGUGCCAAAAGAAGAAUUGAGAAGAUUGAUCAUUGAUCCGAGAAUGGAUUCAAAUACCAAACUAAGUUUGAUUUAUUCUGUACACCGUCUUGGUUUGACGUAUCUAUUCCUGCAUGAGAUUGAAGCACAACUUGACAAACAUUUCAAAGAGCUGAACUUGCGAGAUUAUGAUGAAGCUGAUUUGUACACGAUUUCGGUUAACUUUCAAGUUUUCCGACACCUUGGUUACAAAAUGCCUUGUGAUGUGUUUAAUAAAUUCAAGGACGCGAGCUCAGGUACAUUCAAGGAAUACAUCACCAGUGAUGUAAAGGGUAUGUUAGGCUUAUAUGAAUCUUCACAACUGAGAUUAAGGGGAGAAUCUAUUUUGGAUGAAGCCUCAGUUUUCACCGAGACUCGACUUAAAAGCAUGGUCAACACUCUGGAAGGUAACCUUGCACAGCAGGUGAAACAAUCGUUGAGGAGACCCUUCCAUCAAGGGAUGCCAAUAGUAGAGGCAAGGCUGUAUUUCUCCAACUACAAAGAAGAAUGUUCCAUGCAUGGCUCGCUACUGAAACUUGCAAAGACACACUUCAACUAUUUGCAACUACAACAAAAGGAAGAACUUCGCAUUGUCUCAAAGUGGUGGAAAGAUAUGAGGUUUCAAGAAACCACUCCAUAUAUAAGAGAUAGAGUACCAGAGAUUUACUUAUGGAUAUUGGGAUUAUACUUUGAGCCUCGUUACUCUUUGGCACGAAUCAUCGCCACCAAAAUAACAUUGUUUCUUGUGGUGCUAGACGACACAUACGAUGCAUAUGCCACUAUUGAGGAGAUUCGCCUUCUAACUGAUGCCAUAAAUAGGUGGGAAAUUGGUGCAUCGGAGCAACUUCCGGAAUAUAUUAGACCAUUCUUCAAAAUUCUCCUCGAAGAAUAUGCUGAACUUGAGAAACAACUAGCAAAAGAAGGAAGAGCAAAUACUGUUAUUGCAUCAAAACAAGCAUUUCAAGACAUAGCUAGAGGUUACCUUGAAGAGGCUGAGUGGACACACAGUGGAUAUGUGGCAUCGUUUCCUGAAUAUAUGAAGAAUGGGUUGGUCACUUCUGCCUACAAUGUUAUUUCAAAAUCUGCUUUAGUGGGUAUGGGCGAGGUAGUUAGUAAAGAUGCUUUGGCUUGGUACGAAAGUCAUCCAAGGACUCUUCAAGCUGCAGAGUUAAUUUCAAGACUCCAAGAUGAUGUCAUGACUUACCAGUUUGAGCGUGAAAGAGGACAAUCAGCCACAGGAGUUGAUGCAUAUAUCAAGACGUUUGGUGUGUCGGAAAAAGAUGCUAUUAAUGAGCUCAAGAAUAUGAUUGAAAACGCAUGGAAGGAUAUAAACGAGGGGUGUCUCAAGCCAAGAGAAGUUUCCAUGGAUUUGCUUGCCCCGAUUCUUAAUCUUGCGCGAAUGAUUGAUGUUGUUUACAGGUAUGACGAUGGGUUCACUUUUCCAGGCAAGACUCUUAAAGAGUAUAUUACUCUCCUGUUUGUUCCCUCUUUACCAAUGUAGUGGUAAAAUAUUGGUUGUUGUUGCAUUUUUAUCAUCAAUAAUUUUCCCUAUUAAGAAUAAAAAAUUGGAAUACUGUUCUUGGUUCUUUUGUUGAAGUUGUCUUUGUAUGAAGACCAAAUGAUUUUAAGUGUAUGACAUGGUGUGGAUAUAUUUAUACACCAAGGAUAUAAUGA